CGGCAGCGGAGGAGGAGAGGGAGGAGGCAGAGGAGGAGGAGGAGCGGCGGCGGGGACUGGUGUGGGGAUGGCGGAGAUACCGCCCGGGCCUAGCAGCCUCCUCCCUCCGCCGCCGCCGCCACCGGCAGCGGCCGAGCCCCGCUGCCCGUUCCCCGCGGGGGCCGCCCCGGUCUGCUGCAGCGAGGACGAAGAGGACGACGAGGAGCACCGAGGAGGAGGAGGAGGCGGUGGUGGCAGGGCCAGGGGCAGGGGCCGGAGCCCGGCCGGCGAGGCGGCUGCCUCCAAGGGGCAUCAGCGUGUCCAUUGCCCGCAGACGCCGCCGUCGUCUCUGCCUCCGCCGGCGCAGCAGCAGCUGCAGGAACAGCAGCAGCAGCAGCAGCUCAACGGGCUGAUCAGCCCCGAGUUGAGACACCUUCGGGCGGCCGCCUCCCUUAAGAGCAAGAUCGUGGGCGCCGCCGACACCACCGACGGCAAUCCGAGGGCCGCUGCAACCAAAAGAGCAGGGCAGCCCCCCGGUGAGAGACCCCCUCACACUCUCCCCAAUAAUGCAAGAACUGCGCCCCCAAACCCUGCGGCGCCGGCGGCUGCAGCAGCAGCAGCGGCGAGCGGCCUGGCGGCGGCCCGCAAUGGACUGGCUGGAGGGACUGAGCAGGAGGAGGAGGAGGAAGAGGAGGAGGAAGAUGAGUCGCUGCUGCUGCUCUCCUCGUCCCUGACAGCUGUCUGCAGCUUAACAACCUCCUCUGGCAGGGAGGCAGAACCUGAGGAGGAUCGGACGAUACGAUAUGUCCGAUAUGAAUCCGAGCUACAAAUGCCCGAUAUCAUGAGACUGAUCACCAAAGAUCUGUCUGAACCCUACUCCAUUUAUACCUAUAGAUAUUUUAUCCACAACUGGCCACAGCUAUGCUUCUUGGCCGUGGUAGGGGAGGAGUGUGUAGGUGCCAUCGUUUGCAAGUUGGAUAUGCACAAAAAGAUGUUCCGCAGAGGUUAUAUAGCCAUGUUAGCAGUGGAUUCCAAAUACAGGAGAAAUGGCAUUGGUACUAACUUGGUUAAGAAAGCUAUUUAUGCCAUGGUUGAAGGAGACUGUGAUGAGGUUGUCUUGGAAACGGAAAUAACAAAUAAAUCUGCUUUGAAACUUUAUGAAAAUCUUGGUUUUGUGCGAGAUAAAAGGCUGUUCAGAUACUAUUUAAAUGGAGUUGAUGCACUGCGUCUUAAACUAUGGCUGCGUUAAAAGAAACUAUCACAUGAAGGAACAACUUCCAACAGCGCACAGUCGGCCUUUGCAUGCAAUGCAAUUUGUACAGAAUUGCUUUGCAGGUGGAUUUCAUAAUUUCCAUGCAGCUCUUACCCGUCAGUGUCUCAUUUGAGUGUCGCACAUAUUUGUUGCACUAUGGCAUGGCACAUUUGUUCUGAAUUAAAGAUUGUUUCAAACUUCAAGAGUUCUUUUGGUACCAGCGAGAUGUGCCAGUUGCUAGCCAAGAUUUGUUUGUUCAUUUGCAAGUCUACUGACAACGUUAUAUACACAGUGAACAUUUUAUCGCAGAACCUGUAUGUGGAACCUAAUUUUUGUUCCUGAAAAAAGCCAAUUUAGAUUGUAAAAUUCUCUAAGUAUACUAACAUUUCAUACAAAAUUUGCCAUAGUUUUCUGGGGGGAGGGAAAGCUUCAAUUUUAGGUUUUAUUUUUCAAUAUUGAAUUUUCCAUUUUUGAAUAUUGGUACCUCAGUGAUUAGUGAAUGAAAAAAGUGUAUUGUAGGGUGGGGUGUGUGUUACAAUGAGUAACAGUAACAAUUAAAUUGCGUCUCCCAGUGCCUGUAUAAAUAAGUAUAUUUGUCUUCAUCUCUAAUUUUUUAGUGCAUGCCUCCUUUUUAUUUCCUUUUAAAAUGUCUUUGCAAGAAAACUGCUUUUAUUUAAAUUCUGAAUUUGAUAAUAAAUUAUUUCAGAUUUUAUAAUUUGGAUACUUUUCCCAGGCAAGAGACAGAACUAUUCUUAUACAACAAAAAAUAGAAGCUGUUUGGAAAUUUCUUGAGUAGUUACUAAAAAGGGAUGGGGGGAAAGCGGUUGGGAACUUGAAGGCUCCAGUAAAUUGCUGGGUUUGGAUGCACUUUUUCUUUUUGAUAGGGAUUUUUGGAAAGGAAUAGAAAAUUAAUGUAAAUUGGUAUGAUUUUAUUUAAUCAAAAUUAUUGCUAUGAGCUGUGAGAAACAGCUUUUAUAAAGCAGUUGGAACUUUUUUCACUUGAUUUGGAUUCAGAUUGCUUCGGUGUUCUAAAAAUGCUUUAAUUUUCAGUUCUUGGUCUUGGAAAUAAAUUUCAAGGUGUAUUUUAUCUAUUUCAGCUGCUUUUUUUUUCCUCUAAACUAUGUGAGCAAGUUCUGGGGGAGGAUCUAUCUUUUUUUUUCCCUCCUAAAACAAAAAGGGAGAAGAGUAUACAUCCUUUUUUAAAAUGAGUUACAUGGAUUUUGUAAAACAAAAAACAAAACCCAUCAAUCAUGGUGAGUGAUCACCAUGUGAUCCACCAAUCAUCAUUGGUCACAUUGUGUUUUGCUAACUUGUUGAUUGGCAUGAUAUAACAGCUUGUUAAGAUAAAUUGAUUGUUAUUCGAUUUUAGCAAUAAACCAAUAUUGGUUUAUUUCUAUAACUGGAAAACCUAAGUAUCCAUGGAAAGGGAUGCACUCACUAUGAAGAAUGUUCUAUAGAAAACAUACUUUUUUCAGAAUUCAGAUUUGCCUUACUAUAUACUGUUAGGAUUUGGUUUUAAUUUAAUUGUUAUUUUUUUAGUCACUAUAAUUACUGUACUUUUAAAAAAACACCCUACCUCCAUUAACAUUUGAAAAAGUUCCACUUUCAAGAAAAAAAAUUUUUUUAAAGGAAAGCUACUCUUUGCUCAGUUCAGUGUAUUUGAAGUGAACAAGCACUUUUCAAAUAAAAUUUUCAGUUUAUAUGUAUGGUGAAAAAAAUUUUUUUAAUUCUGCUGGUAGGAUCAUUUGUCUUAGUUUUAAAGAGAUGUUAUUAAAAGUGCCCAAUCCUAUUAGUCUGGUGCCACUUUUAAAGGCUUCAUACACAGAACAACAAGUACAAUAAAAAAUAGGAUUGGUGCAGAUGAACCCACAUAGCAUUGUCAGCAUGACAACCUUUAGAACAGACCAUUUUUUAAGGAUAAGCAGUCAGUCAGUUUCCAUUUAGGCCCUGGCAUUUAAUGAUAAGAAUAGUACCAAUCAUAGUGGUACUUUGUAUGUUUUAACUAUAAAGGGAAGUUGAACUGAAAUAACAGACUGAUUGCCCGAAAGUCCAUAAACAUUAUCAGUUCACUACUUUUUUUUUUUAAUUGAUGGUUCAGAGCUGAAUGCUGUUAUAAGCUAAUGAAUAUUCAGUGUGAUUAGACCACUGUCACGCACAGUGGUAAAGAAGGCAAGAUGUUUGUAUACACAAAUCAGACUAGAAUUUUAACUUGUCAGACCAGUGAAAUAAUGGAUGUAGACCUUUUUUCUUUCAGUUUGACCAGUUUCACUGAACUGACUGAAUCGGUUGUCUUGGCAUUAUGUACACAAAGCCUUAAUUACAUGACUGAGUUCAAAAGUCACAUGGUUAUACAAUUCAACAUAUUCCAUGCAUACUUGUUACAUAUUUUUAUCUGCACAAAAAUUUUGCCCAGUCAAAACUUUUGAACUGUAACAACCCACUAUCAAAAUUAAAAUCCCAUUCAAUUCAAAUCAUUUUAGCAUUUAGAAUUGUUUUUUUAAUACAUUAGGGUUUUCCUCCAAUUUCGCAAUAUUAGCUAUCCAUUAUUUUGAGGUGUUGGACUUUCAUUUGAAUAUAAUUAUAGUUCCAUUGAGUUUGUAUUUACAAAUGACAUUGAAAAUCACAUAACUAAAACUGAGCAAAAUGGGUACAACUUUCUUUUAAAACAGUGCUGCCUAUUGAAGAUUGACAGUUUGACAGUUUUCACAGCCUAACAUAGUUUCAUUACAGGCUAUAAAGAAGCUGUACGUAUUAGCAUUAAAGAAGCUAAAAUGGGUAUGUACUGUUCGUGGUUGAUGUGUGAUCUAAUUGUAAUUCUCCUUGCAUUAAGAUCAGACAAUUCAUAAGCCCCCAGUUCAGAAAACAUUGCAUAGUAUUUCAGGUUAAAACUAGCAACAACAAAUUAUUAAUUUCCUUUUUUGGAUUUGGUUUUAAGGAUUUCCCUCUCCUGUUUUCUCCCCAACAAUCUCCCCAUUUGUUUGACAGGUAUACACAAAGGAGUUCGUCUCUGUCACUUAGGUUUUCACUUUAUGUCUCACUGUAUCCUGGCAUUGGCUGACAUGUAUAAGUCUGGAUAUGUGUAUUACAAUGCCCCCAAAUCAUGAAAUUCCUCAUUUUCCAGUAGUGGAGACAUGGUCUAAUUGGCAUAGUGCAUCAAAAUUAUUUUUCAUUGCACCAUGACAUCACUAAAAUUGAGUGCUGUAAUGUUACAGGGCUGUCAGGUUUGUAAAAACAUAACCAUAAAUUAUAUUGGAGUUGGAUAUGAGUUGGGUAUCUAUAAAAUAUCACGUGUAUUUCAAAAAUAUUGAACUGCUGUUUGAUGAUAAUGCUGCAUUAUUUUCUUCUGUUCCUUAUCCUUUGGAGAAAGGGAUUAAAAUGAAGUUUGAAAUGUGCAAGCUGUCUAAACAAGAUGCAGUCAAAUAAAACAUGGUUAAGUUGUGUUUGCAUUUUUCUUUUAAA